AUGUCAAGUAGUUAUAAUGAUCCAGAAGCGUGGAGAAUAUCUGUAAAAUUUGGAAAAUAUUAUCUCAUCAAUUUAGAAAAGUCAUGUUUUUCUGAAAUGUUGGAUAUUUCUCCACAACUAUUCAAUCAAGUAAUGCAAAAAAAAACCAAAAAUAUGAAGUUGGAACAAUUGGUCAAAAAAAGUCAUUCACAAAAGGAUCCAGGGUCUAAGGACAAGGAUGACGAUGGCGAUUUUGAAAAGAUUUCUCCUCUCAAAUCCAUCACCAAGAAAAUUGAUACAAAUGACUAUAAUGAGCAAAAAGUGAAGGAUAAGAAAGCUCCUUCGGAUUCAUUUUUCACUUGCAUUAAUGAAACAUCGAUUAACAUUCUCAAAGAGAAAUUGUUUAACCCAUUAAUCAUUCGGGAUACACGUGUCGAAAAAGAGGUAGAAUAUCAUUGUUAUAUUAUUGGUGAAUCCAAAGACCAAGAGUUCAAAGUGAAAUUGGAUUCUAAUUUCCGUAGAAUAUCUCGCGUUGUCUCUUCUUCAACAAGAUUUUUUGCAGGUACCUUUAUUUCAAGUGUUCCACACCAUUCUGACAUGAGAUUAUAUUUUAAUAUGAAAACUUUGGUUGAAGAAAACUCAAACAAAAUUGUUAAUCUUUUUAACGAUAAGGAACAGAUCAUCAAACCCUGCAAUGACAACAAAAAUUUAGAGUACAAUCCAAAACUUCGUGUAAAUUUGGUCCGAAAAUUGAUGAAAGAGAGAUUUGACAUUAAGUAUUACAAUCAAGUAUUUGAAGUAUCUCUUCUCAAAGUUGAGACAUUUAUUCAAUCAGGACUUGGUUACUCAUUAGGAUUCUUAGAAAGCCACUACGAGAUGAAAAUUGCCAUUCCUCACCAGAGACCUCUUGAUUAUGAUAUUCAGACAUGCCGAUUGUUGUGUCUGCUUGGAAUAGAUUGUCUUUCAAUAAUGAAUGCUUAA